GCCAAAGUAUCGUCCGGUGAUCCACGAGCUGGAAGGCUCCAUGCCAAACAAUGCCCUCCGACAUUCGCUCGUUCUUCGCAGGCAACACUGCCAAAACGCCUGCUGAGAAGCCCAGGCCUAAAGAGGAGCCCAAGAAGCGAGGCCGGCCGCGGAAAGUGGUCGAGGACGACGAUGAUGACGAGCCGGCUCCCAAGAAGGCCACUCCCAAGAAAUCUGCCGUAAAGAAGAAGCCUGAGCCAGAACCGGAACUUGAAGAGACGACGGCGAGCGCCUAUUUCGGCAAUGGGAAGCCAAAGCGGUCGGAAGCAGUAAGACCAAAAAGGGACACUGCUGCAGAGAGCACACCAAAGAAAGCUACACCCAAGACCAAGUCCAAGACGAAUGGCACCAAAACGAAUGGCAGGAGUUCGACCAGAGCGAAGAAGGAGACGGCUUAUGUUGAUCUGGACGCUGAGGACUUUCCCGAUGAUGACAUGGAAGAAGAUGCCGAUGAUGAGUUCAAGGCAGCUGCAAAAGUCGGCAAGCGACGAGGCGACGACUACGAGACAGGCACGGACGAUGAGGACGAUGUACCUCUCGUGCCGAGGAAGAGAAACACCGGCAAGCAGACCAAGCUCCAGGACCAAGGGCAGGAUGACGCUGAUCCUGAUGGCGACAUCGAUAUGAAGGAUACUAACCCUGACGACGACUUUGUCGUGCCUGAUGACGACGAGGAAAUAGUUGAGAUGAAGCCUGUAAGGAAGGCCGCCGCGACCCCAGCGAAGAAAAGAAAGUCUACAACUUUGGACGACGAUGAUGAUGACGAUGACGACCUGGAAGUUGAACAAUCGAAGCCUGCUGCGAAGAAGCGUGCCACACCUGCCAAGAAGACUGCAUCAACAGCGAAGAAAGCAAAGAAGGAUGCUCCACAAGACAGUGCUGAGGUCAAGGCUAUAUUUGACAGUAUACCCACCAUUACGCCACCUCCACCGCCUGACAAGAAGAAAGACGAUGGAAAUUCUGAUAAGCCCAAGUUUCAAUUUGGAGGACAGCAUGCCAAUUCGGCGAUCCCUGCCGGAGCUAUUUCUGACUCCGAUAUGCCUGUCGGUCAGGAAAACUGUCUUGCCGGUUUGGCAUUUGUCUUCACGGGACAGCUGCAGCGCCUAGGCAGAGAGCAGGGACAAAAUUUGAUCAAGCGCUAUGGUGGAGAUAUCAAGACUGCACCAUCAAGCAAGACCAGCUAUGUUGUGCUUGGCGAAGACGCUGGUCCCAAGAAGCUCGAUACAAUUGCAAAGCACAAGCUCAAGGUGAUCAACGAAGAUGGUCUCUUUGAGCUGAUACGGCGCUUGCCAGCCAACGGAGGCUCGGGCGCAGCAGCUGAGAAGUAUGCCGAGAAGAUUGCCAAAGAAGAGCAGCAGAUCCGUGAGCAAGCUGCAGAGCUGGAUCGGAUGGAGGCUGAGCAAAAGGCAAAGAGUGCAGCAGCAGCUGCUGCCAAAGCUGCAAAGCAGAGUCCUGUCAAGCAGACUUCCAAGUCCGCGCAAGCUGCAGCAAAAUCAAGCAAAGGCAAGGAAGUAGCAGAUGGACCGGACAGUCGGUUAUGGACCGUCAAGUAUGCGCCUACACAACUGUCUGCCAUUUGCGGCAACAAGGGUCAAGUGGAAAAGCUGCAGGCCUGGCUUCGUGCGUUUCCGAAGAAUCAGCGGACUGGAUUCAAGAUGGGUGGACCGAACGGCAGCGGCGUGCAUCGCGCUGUCAUGAUUCACGGUCCCCCUGGAAUUGGCAAAACGACUGCAGCACAUCUAGUGGCGAAGUUGGAAGGCUACGACAUUGUAGAGUCGAACGCUUCAGACACUCGUUCCAAGAAACUUGUCGAGACUGGCUUGAAAGGCACACUGGCCGCGACAUCUCUCCUCGGCUAUUUUGCGCAAGGCGAAGAAGAGGUUAAAGAUUCCAACAAGAAACUCGUUUUGAUCAUGGAUGAAGUAGACGGCAUGAGCGCUGGAGACAGGGGUGGCGUGGGAGCACUUGCGGCUGUUUGCAAGAAGACGCAGGUGCCCAUGAUCUUGAUCUGCAACGAUCGUAAGCUGCCAAAGAUGAAACCUUUCGACUUUUGCACCUUUGAUCUGCCAUUCCGUCGACCCACCACGGAGCAGAUUCGAGGUCGGAUCAUGACCAUUACUUUCCGUGAGAAAUUGAAGCUACCACCGAACGUAGUUAAUGCUCUCAUUGAGGGCUCGGGCGCGGACAUCAGACAGGUCAUCAACAUGGUCAGUCAAGCCAAGCUUGAUGAUCAAGCCAUGAGCUUUGAAGAUGGCAAAGACAUGAGUAAGGCUUGGGAGAAGCAUACUGUGCUGAAGCCUUGGGAUAUGGUCGGCAAGAUUCUAGGCGGAGGGCUAUUCAACGACGCAUCCCAGGCAACCUUGAACGACAAGACGGAGCUAUACUUCAAUGACCACGAGUUCGCGCCCCUCAUGCUGCAGGAGAACUAUCUAGGCACAAAUCCGCAGCGGUCCAACAGAUAUAAUGGCGAGCCCAGAAAGAAGAGAUUGGCAGCUCUGGAACUGGCAAGCAAAGCAGCAGACUCUAUCAGUGAUGGAGAUUUAGUGGAUCGUAUGAUUCACGGUAGUCAGCAGCAAUGGUCCCUCAUGCCGACGCAUGCUGUCUUCAGUUUUGUUCGCCCUGCAAGCUUCGUGUAUGGCAGCAUGGCAGGCUCGCAGACUCGCUUCACUGCUUGGUUGGGCAACAACUCCAAGACUGGCAAGCUGUCCAGGUUCAUCAAGGAAAUUCAGGGCCACAUGCGUCUGCGGGUGUCUGCUGACAAGAACGAGAUCCGCCAGACGUAUCUGCCAAUCUUAUUUGAAAAGCUGGUCAAGCGUCUCCAAGACGACGGCAAGGACGCGGUACCGGAGAUCAUUGAGCUCAUGGACUCCUACUAUCUCACCAAAGAUGAUUGGGAUGCUAUACUCGAGCUGGGUGUUGGCAAGGCUGACAUGGAAAGCAUCAGGAUCGAGACACAGGCGAAGGCUACCUUCACUCGACAAUACAACCAAAUGUCUCAUCCACUGCCGUUCAUGAAGGCAUCACAGGUAGUGGCACCUACGAAGGCUGCUGCGAAAGAGAAGCCUGAUAUUGAAGAGGCUUUUGAAGAGUCUGCCGACGAAGCUCCCGAUGAUGCCGCUGACAAGAAGGAGCAAGAUGACGAGAACGACCUCAGUAAAGACAAAUACGUCAAGCAGCCGAAGAAGAGAAAAGCGGCAACCACCAAAGCCGGUACCAGCAAGAAGAAGAAGACGGCUAAGGACGAUGACGACGAAGAGGAGGAAGAGGAGGCCAAGCCCAAGAAGGCCAAAGGAAAGGCACGCGCGAAGAAAUAGAAUUGGGUUCCUGUUGUAAUGAUAUCUAGAAUCGUUGGUGCUUUGGUACUGUUGUCCAGAGGGUGGCUGUCAGCGACUUUGAAGGGUCAGUCAGCUUGGCGAAC